AGUUGCCAGAGCGUGGCUAGUUGUCUACCAAUAAAGUAUUAUUUAAACUAUUCGGGAUUGAUAAUUUGUAUUAAAAAGUUCUAAAUGAAUUGUGUUUAACUGUAAACCUUAACAGUCGGUCUUUCAGGGUUAAUCGAGAAGACACGAUGGACGUUAACUCUUAUUUUCAGGCCUUUGAGUCAAGUGUGAGUGGUUAUGUUGGAGAUGACCCCUUAGAUCCUUGGGACAAGUUUGUACAGUUUCUCGAGAGCAAGCUGUCCCCAGAGGAGAGAAAGGGCAUGUCUGUAGUGCUUGACCGCCUCGUUCAAACCUUCAUUCAAGAUGAGCGAUACCAUGAUGACCUGCGAUACGUCACUCACUGCAUCAAAUGUGCAAAUUUCUACAUCGAUCCGAUUGAGGUGUACAGUCAUCUGCAUGGCCAGGGCAUUGGGACACAAGCGGCAGUGCUGUAUGUGGACUGGGCCCAUCAGUUUGAGAAGAAAGGGCUGCUCGCGCAGGCUGAGACUGUGUACCAGAGAGCUCUAGAAAACAAGGCUCAACCACAGGACAGUGUGCUUCAACAGUACAAGCUCUUUCAGGGGAGAAUAUCUGCAAAUACUCAGACAGCACAACCAGAUAAUGUGCGGCAGCCACUUCAAAACUCACAGCUUGUCAAUCAGAAUCUCAGACAGAGAGAUGCUGUUCAACCACAGUGCAAGGAGCCAGAAGAGACCUCUCCUGCUCCUAGAACAGUGCGCAUAAUCUCUCGAUCGGAGAAUAACCCGAGCCGGACGAGCAGCAGUAACACUGUGCAGUGUGUGUCCAUGUACUGUGUGGAUGAGCUGAAGUGUGAGGGAUCAGAGCUGUCUUUUGAAGAGCUCCGAGCCAGACGCUACUUCACUAAAUGUAAACAGCAGGAGGAACAGCGACGUCUGGCGGAGGAGCACCGCAGAGUGUGGGAGGAGGAAGAGGAGGUGAGGAAGAUGAAGCAGCUCUUGAAUGAUCUGGAGAAGAAUGUGACUCUACACCAAGCGGAGCAAAGGAACCCAGAGACACACACUCUCCAGAGUCACAUGCAGGAGCAGCAGAGAACAGCAAUGUGCACGGUUGAAACCACAGAGUCAGUGUCGGCGCAUCAUACAGGACUGCAGCUCCACAGCGAGCACUCCACAGGACACAAAGUGAAAUUAGACAGUGCUCCGUCCUCCAGACUCAUGUCAGAAACAAGCCGCGCAGUACACGGCUCCCUGGCUGAGUGUGUGAGUGGCUCUAGAGAGAGCAUGCAGGAACAGACUGACAUAGUGUCAGAGCACACGGCAGGAACGCAUACCAUAUCACAUGGCAAUGCCAGCACAUCCCUGAUGCAAAACAACCACUGCUCAGUCCAGGAAAGCAGAGGAGAUCAUGAGGUCUUUAAACCAGGUGAGGCAGAUGGAGAAGGAAACACAGACCAAUCAUGUGGAGGUUUCAGUCUCUCUCACGUUACUCCAAACACAUCUAUAGGUUUCCUUCACACCACACCGUCCCGUGUUCUCCCUUCCCCCACUGUCAACACACGAGAGGCUUUGGGUGUGAUCAUGGACAUGUUUCAGGCACCCACCCUCCUCCAGGAGACCAUGUUCAACAGCAUCAUCCAGCCUGAGGACAGCUUUGAGAAGAGCUGCAGAAUCACUAGUAGUGCCCCCUCAUGUGUUAAACCACCUAGCAUGACUCCAUUCAAGAUUUUCCAGGACAAAAAUGAGCAGGAGAAUGGAGGUUCUGAUGCGGCUCUGAGCAUAACAAAACCAGCCGUGAGCCGAGUGCUGAUGGAAAUCGCAGUAUCCAAAGCCAACGACACGCCAAUCAGCGCUGAGUCUAUAACAGAUGAGAGUACUGUAUGGGGAGCUCGUAACGUUUCAGUGGACCCGUGUCCCAACCACACCCGUGAUUUCACCCUGUCCACUCAUCUGGUGUCCACACCCCUCCACCCUCACGCUCCUCACUCAUGGGACAUGGAGCAGGAGCAAGAGGAAAACAUGCCGGUCGGUACUGUUGGCUGUCCUGAGGAAAACCCAUUCAUGCGGCAGCCCACUAAACUCAGUCCAAUCUUGGAGCAGAGUCCAGCAGAUGAGAAGCCGUCCGAGGUGGCAGAAUGCAGCAUGCGGGCUCAAGGCACUAUUGUUGGAGAGGGCGUGCCUUUGGCCCAUCAGAGUCAAGGGCUUUCUCUGGCCCAACAAAGCCAAAUGACCUGCAGCAGCAGGCAUCCGCUGGCCGCUCUGUCCUUCCCCGACCAGACAACCCUGAGGGUAGAGGACGAGUCCAUGAAGUCAAUCAACACGAGCACCAGACCCAGCUGGAGCAUCUAUAGGAGCCCAGAGAAAGAGCCAGAAGUGGAUCCAAUACACUUUAAAAUAGAUGCCCCUGAUAGAGAUGUCCCAGUGCAUCAAGACGCAGUUGAUGUUCUCUUGCCGAAGAGGUCCUUUCACAGGCACAAGUCCUUGAAGAAGCCAUUGGAGAGUCAGGAUGUUGUUAGCAGGUCCCUCUGUGAGCAAGAUGUCCUGAUGAGUCCAAAACCUGCUCCGGGACUGCACUGGUUACAGAUGGACAGCUUUGCUCAUACAGCAGAAUCAGAUCUUGAUGUUAUGAUGAGUCUGACCUCCGGAGCAGAACGGAGCGUCAUCGCCAAGCCUGCCUGGACCAUCUACCAGAGUCCAGAGAAAGCAACCAAACCAGACUUCCUGUGGGCAAUGAAUCAAGAGCCAUUGGCAGAGCACGAUUUAGAUGUGCUCUCAGCUCAACAGGAAUUAGAAGUUCUCCAUCCCAAGAAAUCAUUCCAGCAGCGGAAAUCUGGGGCAAAGAUUUUGCCGACGUUUCAUGAGUCUCUCUUUACGAGUCCAAAGCAAGCAUCUAAACCAGCUCAGGAAGAGCCCAUGAGUCCAGACCCAGCACCAGGACUAAACUGGCUCUGCACCAACAGCCCACAAUGGUCAACGGAACCAGAUCUGGACGUCAUGGCCACCCCACCACAGAGCUCCAAGAAAAUCGCUUUUCCUGCAAGAGCAAACACAACGCUUAUACCGAGUCCUGCUCAGACGGCUGUCGGUGGAGUGGAAGUUCCUAUGAGCCCCAUGGACACAUCCAGACCAGCCUGUGUGAAUCUAGUGUCAGAUCCGUGGGAUGAGGACCUGAUAGUCUCUCUGCUGUCGAACCUGCAGCCUCCUCUCACAUCCCACCCUAACCUCACUGUCUGGAGCUGUCGGCUGCCCACCAUCACUCCUAAAAUGACUGUACAGAUCGCGGGAGAGUCACUGCGAGUGGAUUUUGUGCUCGGACAGGGGGCUUUUGCCACAGUAUACCAGGCCACCAACCUCAUGACUACACAAAAACUCUUCCUGAAGGUGCAGAAGCCUGCGAACCCUUGGGAGUUUUACAUUGACAGCCAGUUGAACGGCCGCCUGCAGCCCAGUGUACGACAUCUCUUUAACACCAUAUACACUGCUCACCUCUUCACCAAUGGCAGCGUCCUCAUCGGAGAGCUGCACAACUGUGGCACAUUACUGAGUGCUAUUAAUCUGUAUAAGAGCCGCAGUGAGAAGGUGAUGCCUCAGCCUCUAGUGCUCUACUUCACUGUCUGCAUACUGCACAUGGUCGAGCAGCUACACCAGACCAACAUCAUACAUGCUGACAUCAAACCUGACAACUUCCUUUUGGGAGAGAGGUUUCUGGAGAAUGACUGCUUUGAGCAGGAUAAUCUACAGCACGGUUUGGCUCUCAUCGAUCUGGGUCAGAGCAUUGAUAUGACACUCUUCCCAGAAGGCACUGUGUUCACUGCCAAAUGUAUGACAUCAGGCUUCCAGUGUGUGGAGAUGCUGAGUGGGCGACCCUGGAACUACCAGACCGAUUACUUUGGCAUUGCGGGAACGGUCUAUUGUAUGAUAUUUGGUACGUACAUGCAAGUUAAAAAUGAAGGUGGAGUUUGGAAAACAAAUGGAGUUUUCAAAAGGAAUGUUCAUGCUGAUCUCUGGCAGGACUUCUUCCACAUGCUUCUGAAUGUACCGGACUGCAAUGCUUUACCAUGUCUGCGCAGUCUUCGUCUGCGUCUGAACGCAGUCCUGCAGGAGAAAUACAGCACCAAACUCCGCAGUCUUAAGAACAGACUGGUGGUCCAGAUCCUAGAGUCUCGCUCCUCACGCAGAUAAACGCACAUCUGACUGAAAAUGGAUCUUGUUGAAUUCCUGCUUGAAAGUUUUAGUUUGCUGAAAAAAGACAAAAUGCCUCAGAAGGACACAGGCUUCAUUUAACAAUAUUCUCACAAGCACGGGAGCUGUUUGUUGGUGGAAUGGUGCAUAAAAUUAUAGGGUCAAAACUGCAUUAGUUUUUUCUUUGCCAUUUGUAUUUUAUUAAAUUGUUAAAAAAAAAAGGAUAAAUAUGUAGAUUUUUAAUAAACCUUGUUGGAUCACAAGCACACUUACUGUGAACAGUUCCUGUAUGAAACACUAGAUGACACUGUGGACAGAUCAGUCUGAUAUAGGGUGAUUAAUGCAUAACAUGUCCAUUGAAUUUAUCAACAUCUAGAUUUUAGAUACAAAUGUAUGAAUGUACAAGGUGUGUAAAAGUGGAUGUCUUUGGUCCCCAUAAACAUUUCUUUGUUUUUGUUUGUUUUUUAUAUAAUUUUUAAUCACCUUUCACACUUUCAAUUGAAAUGUUCCUGUGGUGAAAUGUUUUUAGUAUUACAAAUAUUCCUUGUAGCCUGUCAAUUAAUAUGAGGCCAUAAAAGCUGUAUGCAUAAUAAUUGUCAAAUAAUUAGUGAAAAGCUGUUUAAUAACCUUAACCCAUUACAUGCCAACUUUCCAAAAGUAUUUAGCCCUUGUGUUGUGUUCGUUUUGUGCUGACACAUUUUGUGCUCCUGGUCAAAAAUGACUGUUUAUAAAUCUCUUAUUUUGCAUAUAUUAUCACAAGAUCUUGCAUUAGACCUUUUUUUAAAUUUUUUUUGUAAUUAUGACAGGUUUUGUACUCCUUUUUUAACAUAUUUUAAAUAUAUAUACAGGUGCAUCUCAAAUUAGAAUGUCGUGGAAAAGUUCAUUUAUUUCAGUAAUUCAACUCAAAUUGUGAAACUCGUGUAUUAAAUAAAUUCAAUGCACACAG